ACAAUCAUCCCUCUAUGGUAUAUUAUCAGUUGGAAUUUGUAAUAUCAACAUGGGGGACGUACGUUUGAGUUUUGAAGAACGUAAGCAGGCUAUCAAGUGGUACUGGGAGUUUGAGAAUGUAAAUGGAGUUCAAAGGCAGAGGAGCAGGGAGUAUGAUACAGAACCACCUUCAAGAUUAACAAUUACACGCAUACGAGACAAAUUCGAAGUUCAUGGAACAGUGUGUCAUGUGCAUAAAGGUCAUUCAGGUCGAUCUCGAACAGCUACAAGUGAUGAGUCAUCAACGGCAGUCUUGGAACUGUUUCAACGCUCUCCUAACAAAUCUUCAAGGCAAGGAGCACGUGAAAGUGAUGUAAGUGCUAGCAGCGUGCUACGCAUUCUGAAGAGAGGCAAGUAUCGUGUUUACACUCCAAGGCUGGUGCAACAGCUAAAUGACGGCAAUCCAGAUCGAAGGUUGCAAUUUUGUGAAUGGAUUCAAGAGAUGGUGAUACGUAAACCGGGAUUUAUGGGUAGCAUCAUUUGGUCGGAUGAAGCCCAAUUCAAACUUAAUGGAACUGUCAAUAGGCACAAUUGUGUUUACUGGGGUGAAGAAAAUCCUCACAUUACAAUUGAAAAAGCUGUAAAUUUGCCUGCUGCAAAUGUGUGGUGCGGUUUGUCUUCAGGGGGACUCAUUGGACCUUUUCGAUUAGAAGGCACUAUAACUGAUGGUGCUCCGCCGCACUAUCACAGAGACGUACGAGCUUACCUGGAUCAAAAUUUGUCGGGCCAGUGGAUAGGACGCAGGGGGCCAAUCGAGUUUCCAGCACGCUCUCCAGACCUUACACCACUGGAUUUCUUCUUGUGGGGCACAGUAAAAGAUGAGGUGUUGUAAGGAGAUUUUGCUGGGGCUUUCGCCCAGCGAAAAUUCCAAACGUUCUAGAGCCGUCUCUAUCGCUCUCUUAUUGGGCGCCAGCC